AUGUCUGACUUCCAAGGAGAGGCCUACAAAAGGCUUCGUCAGAUUGUGUCCUCUCGCAAUGACGACACCCUCCCUCCGCAGGACGCUAUCCAGGCCGCCACCUCAUCACUUCCGCAGCCCACGGACGCCAGCUACCUGGUCGGGCGAGGCCCAGAAGCCACGCUCGACCAUCUUCUCGGGACAAUUGUUCCAGGCCUGAACGGGCAGAACCUUUCGGGUCGGUACUAUGGCUUCGUGACGGGAUCGACGCUGCCGAUCGCCGAGGCCGCAGACAAUAUUGUCUCGGCCCUCGACCAGAACCCGGCUGCUCACCUGCCCAGCCAGACCGUAUGCACGACGGUGGAAGAUGCCGCGCUCAAGAUGCUGAUCGACCUCCUGGAGCUAGGGCCUCCAGAGGACUGGCCUGGCAGGAUCUUCACGACCGGCGCCACGGGGAGCAAUGUCCUCGGCCUGGCUUGUGGCAGAGAGGCAGUCGUAGCCAAGCGGUUACGUCGGUCAGGCUCCUCGGACGCGAAUGCUGUGGGUGAGCUCGGCAUCCUUGGCGCGUGCCAGGCAGCUGGGAUCAAGGAGAUCCGGAUCUUGACCAGCAUGGGCCAUAGCUCAUUGUCCAAGGCUGCAAGUAUUGUGGGCAUUGGCCGUGCCUCGACUAAGCAACUUCCAUACAGUGACAAAGAGCCCUGGAGGCUCGAUAUCGAUGCCGUAGAGAAGCUGUUGGCCGAGGAUGGGGUGGCAAGUAUCAUUUCUGUCAGCGCGGGAGAAGUCAAUACGGGGCGAUUUGCAACAGCUGGUCUAGAGGAUCUCAAGAGGCUCAGAGUGUUGGCAGACAAGUACGACUCGUGGAUACACGUUGAUGGAGCCUUUGGGUUGUACGCGCGAGCUUUGCCUCAAACAGAGGAGUUCUCACGACUCCGAGAGCUGGUCUCUGGACUAGAGCUGGCUGACAGUAUUACAGCGGAUGGUCACAAACUUCUGAAUGUGCCAUAUGACGCUGGCAUCUUCUUCUGCCGAGAUGACAAUAUUCCCACAUCCGUCUUCCAAAACGCCGGCGCAGCCUAUCUGUCUACAGGACCAAGUCGAAUCCUAAGCCCUCUCAACAUAGGUCUUGAGAACUCUCGCCGUUUCCGCGCCCUACCUGUCUACGCAACCCUCCUGAGCGAGGGCAGAAACGGGCUCGCAGAAAUGUUCGCUCGCAUGGUGCUCAUGGCUCGUGGGGUGGCAGAAUUUAUUAGAGACUCGGAGUACUAUGACUGGCUCCCUGAGCCAACGGCAAACCUCAACGAGGUACAAAUCAUCGUGUUCUUCAGGGCCAAGAAUGAUGCAUUGAACGAUGUGCUGGUGCAGAAGAUCAACGAUACGCGCAAGAUGUAUGUAAGCGGAACGCAAUGGCAAGGCAAGAAAGCUUGCCGACUUGCGACCUGCAGCUUCUAA